AAGAGAUGUGGAAUAAGGAAGUAAAGAAUAUUUUACCAACAAAUGUUAUUUUCCUGCGUGCAACACCCGCAAUAUUCCCACUCGGGCUAGACUACUACAUACAAUGUGAGAAGAAGCACAUUCGGGCAAACAUUCGCCGUACAAUGUUGCGUAGCCUACAAUGAAAGUUUUUGUUUCGUUUUGUGUUUGAUCUUGUAAGCACGACUAUGCAGAUGAUGGAAAAACUAAGUUCUAAAGUCAUUUUCUACUCGGGGACUUUUGGGAUUCUCGCAGUUAUAGUUGCAGUUGCUCAAAGUUUUGGAUGGCUAUCUAUGAUGGUGCGUCCUUUACCAACUGCACUCGGCGUCUUGUCCCUUGGUGGAAUGGCUUUGAUUUGGAGAGAUAUCAGAUGGAGAGUGAAGGGCGAGAACCGGACAGUCGGCGGUCUUCUAAGCCAAUAUUUCGCCGUCAAGGUGGUGGGCUGGCUGGGGAAGAGACAGAGAGCCAAACUGGAGACUGACACACAGGACAUUCGGCGUGCGCAAGAAGAGACGCUCCUGAAACGUCUGCAAAAGAACGCUAACACGUUGUAUGGGAAACAGUACGAUUUCAGUUCUAUCAAAGAUUGUGAGGUGUUCCGCCAGCGCCACCCGGUGACGGAGUACAAGCACUACCGAGACCUGGUGAAGCGGGUGGCCGCGGGUGAGGAGUCAGUCCUCAUCGCCGAGCGUCCGCUCAUCCUGGCCAUGACUUCAGGAACGUCAGGCCAAAGCAGCAUGCUGCUGAGCACCAAGGACACCAACACCGAGUUCUUCCUGCAGGGUGUGUGUGUGUGUCUGGACGCCAUGCGGCAAGCCUUCCCUGCCACCGAGAGCCUCCAGCGCACGCUCAAGCUCUUCUACAUGCCCACGCUGCGCCACUCGGAGGCGGGCAUCCCCAUCGGGCCCAACUCCUCCACGCCAGCCUCCUCGCGCCACCUGCUCCACCUGUACACCACCCCGGAGCCCGCCUUCAGGGUGCCCAGCGAGAGGGACGCGCUCUACCUCCACCUGCUGUUCGCACUCAAGGACCGCAGCCUGGGAACCCUGGAGUCCAACUUCGCCUCCACAGUGUUCUACGCCUUCAGGGCCCUGCAGGAGCGUUGGGAAGAGCUGCUGACCGAUAUAGAGUUGGGUCAGGUCAACCCAGCCCUGCAGCUGGAGCCGGACGUGCGGGCGGCGCUAGAGAAGCUGGUGGCGGCGGACCCGGGGCGGGCGGCGGAGCUGCGUGCCCACGGAGAGGGCGGCUUCGAGGGCAUCGUCCUGCGGGUCUGGCCCCAGCUCAACCUGGUGCUGGCCGUGGACUCGGGCUCCAAUCAGAUUUAUGGGGAGAUGCUGAGGCAGCAUUACUGCAAAGGGCUGCCCUUUUACUCCCCCUUCUACGCAGCCACUGAAGGUCUUAUAGGAGUGAAUCUGUGGCCUGAGCAGGAGCGUCGCCAGUACCUGUUGUGUCCACGCUCCAUGUUCUGCGAGUUUAUGCCUGAGGCAUCUCUGGAUGAGGAGGACCCACAGACACUCCUCAUGGACCAGGUGCAGGAGGGCCGCAACUAUGAGCUGCUCGUCACUAACGCUUCCGGACUCUUCAGAUAUCGUGUUGGGGACAUCAUCAAGGUUGUUGGGUUCCACAACAAGUGCCCUGUGGUGGAAUUUCAGUAUAGGCGAGGUCAGAUGCUGAAUGUCCGAGGUGAGAAGGUGUCCGAGGCUGUAUUCCUGGGUGCUCUGCAGCGCACCUUGCCCCUGUGGCCGGGAGCCAAGCUGGUGGACUACUGCUGUGCUGAGAACGGCAUUCUGGGAGAGAGUUCUGGGGGGGCCCAGCCUCACUACCAGGUCUUCCUAGAGCUGAAGGGGGUGAGGGAUCUGAGUGAGGAGCAGAGAUACAAGCUCGAUCACUGUCUUCAGGAGGAGUCGGCUGUUUACAAGUCCUUCCGAUUUAAAGGCAGCAUCGGACCAAUGAAAGUGCACCUGGUGAGGGAGGGGGCGUUCCAGGAACUGAAGGGGCAAAUGAUGUCCUACUCCAACACCUCGCCCAACACUUUCAAGAUGCAUCGUGUCAUCCGCAGGAAGGAGUAUGCCGACUUCCUGUUUGGGAAGACAAUCUCCUGAGAGAUGGGUUCAUACACUGCCCAGUAUCACAGACUGGCUCCCUCUAGUGAGCUGGAGCUCAAAGCGCGCCUUAGUGGGUUUGCCAGGUCCAGCAAUGAGUGGAACUGUGAGUUUUGGAGAGACAAGAAUAAACUGUACAGGGCCACUUUGUUAUCACAUUUUUUGUGGCCGCCAUAAUGAUUAGGAGGAUUACAGCUCUCCUGUUAAAGACAUUUCAAUGGCCAUCUGCUUUUGUCUGGCUACAGGCUGUGUACUGAAGAGGUAUUAGACCUACAGCAAAGGUAUCCUCACUGGCAAAAUGAUGGCAACCAUACCUGUGUGCAAUUCUGUGUUUUCUUAUAACUUUUUGAGUGAAUUGACUCAUUUGUGUUGAUAUAUCCAAUUCUUGCAGGCACAAGGUGAGACAAGAUUCUCUCUCAUUAUCGAUUUAAGUGGCCUUACGUUGUUAAUGUUAUUUCUUCU